AUGCCUACUUCCGACGAAUGGCAGGAUAUUGUUACACGCAAGCGGCAGCAUCAAGCUUCACUAAUCCCAAAGCAGUGGAGUAUCGAGGCUCCAGAUGCACAAGGAGACUAUUUUCCUCUGAAAGAACUGCUUAACAGCAGUAUAUUGACACCAACGGAACUUGAUCUGACUGAUUAUACCAAGCAUGACGCUGUUGGGAUUCUCAGCCUCCUUGCUACCGGUAGUGUCACGGCCAAGAGCCUGAUCACAUCUUUCUGCAAGAGGGCUGCAGUUGCGCACAGCUUGACCAAUUUCAUCACUGAGGUGAACUUUGACCAGGCCAUUCAUCGCGCUGCAGAGCUUGACGAGCAUCUCAAACGCACCGGCACCCCGAUUGGCCCUCUGCAUGGUCUUCCCAUCACUGUUAAAGACCACAUGGACGUUGAGGGACACGACUCGUCUGCAGGAAUUGCGGCUUGGUGCUUCAGCCCCGCAGAGUCCAAUUCGCACCUUGUUCAAAUCAUGGUUGACGCUGGUGCUGUCAUUAUAGCCAAGACCAAUGUACCCCAGACAUGCUUGGCCGCUGAUACCAUCAACGUUGUGUUCGGAAGAACCCUUAAUGCGCAUAACAGUGGGUUCGGAGCCGGGGGAUCGUCUGGUGGAGAGGGAACUGCCCUUGCUAUGGGUGCAUCGAUGCUUGGGCUGGGGUCAGACGGUGCCGGAUCUGCUAGAAUGCCAGCAAUGGCGAACGGAGUCGUUGGCUAUCGGCCAAGCGGCUAUCGUCUCCCUGCUGAUGGUAGAUCCAUUCUAGACCCAGGCAUGAUCGGUAUCACGCAACUGGGCCCCGUUGCAACAUUUGGCUUCAUGGGUCAUUCAGUUCGAGACAUCCGACUUGGAUCCAAAGUGGUCAGCGACGCAAAACCGUGGCACAAGAACCCCUUUCUGUAUCCGUCACCUUGGUUGAAUAUUGCGGCGCCCACUAGGCCUCGCAUUGGGGUUUGGGCUCUGGAGACGAGAAACAACCAUCUUCAUCUAUUCCCUCCCGUCAGGAGGGGCUACUUGGCAGCACAAGAGUGUCUGCGCCAGGCGGGCUACGAACUCAUUGAGUUUCAGCCGCCAAACAUGGCCGAGGUCUGGGAUCUUUGUAAAGCCUUCAUCCACGUUCAGGGACUUUCCACUUUGAAGGGGCAAAUAGCAAAAGAACCGAUCACCAAGAUUGUUGAAGAUACAGGCAUCUUGUCGUCCAGAUGGUCCACGGAACUCAAACUCGAUGACAUCCACAAGCUCAACCAAAAACUUGCAUGGCUAAACAUCCAGAUGAAAAAUGCUUGGAACGCGAGUGGCCAUGCUCUUGAUGCCCUGCUCUGGGUCACCAGCCCCAACACAGCUUUGCCAGUUGAUGAGUGGAGAGAUACAACCUUUACGACUAUAUUCAAUGCCGUCGAUUGGCCGGCCAUCUCUCUGCCUUUGGGGAUGAGCUGUGAUAAGGAUAUUGAUGUUCCGUAUACGAACUUCGAGCCAUUCGGGGCAGAAGACGCCCGACUUAAUUCUCUCUUUGAUCCCAAAAGGUUCCACGGGCUCCCAUUAUCUGUGCAGCUGGCAGGACAGAAGUUCGAGGAUGAAAAGCUCUUGGCUAUUGCAGAACUUAUUCAUCCGAUCAUAAGGGGUGAUAUUUAA